UAAACCGGGACGACAACAAAACACAUGGACCGGAGAUAAACGUGUCGAUCAGCUGAACUCAUAUCCGUGGAUCGUCGUCAGCAUGGAAGCCAAACCCCAGAAACCAUUCUCCUCCAAAGGUGGGAGGAAGCCUUUGCACAAAGGAAAAGAUUCCUCAGGGACAAAGUUCGGAGGGAAGCCUGCCGGAAAGAAACCCUUUAAACCCUACAAGAACACGGAGAACAAGAGCAGACCUGGAAAAGCAAACGGUGGAGGGAGAAAAUCCGGUUUCUCUAAUGCUGGGAAAGGAGCGCCGGGGAAGAGGAAGCUGCCAGCAGGGGGCGGCGGUCCGCCGGCCAAAAAGAGAGGCGAGGAGAAGCCGAUGACGGACGAAGAGCUGAAGAAGAAGAGGCUGCAGAAGAAGAAGGAGCUGAAGGAGAGCAGGCAGCAGGCGGAGAGGAAGGAGAUGUUUGACAUCAUCCGCCAGUGCAAAGGAGUGUGGGGGAACCUCCGCAGGAAGAAAUGCGACGAGGAGCAGAGGAAGAAACUGAUGAAGCAGCUUCAUGUUCUGAUCCAGGGGAAGAUGAAACAGGUCUGUUCCUGGAAAACCAGGUUCCUGCCUGCGGCUGAACUAGCCCACAUCAUCAACCCUCCACCUCCGUGCUUCAGCGCUCUGACCCUCAGAGUGACGCUCCUCUCAGGUCGUUGCUCUCGUCUUUCAAACUCGGCAUUGCGAGAUGAGCCUGGAGGAGAGGAGACCGAAGGUUGCUGUGAGGUUUGGAGGUGGAGCUGGCGUCAUCAACAGCAUGGAAGCACGGAGGUGGAGGCGUGGUGGUUGGGGCUGGUUCUGGUGGUGCUGAUUGGACCAGAAGACAGAAAAGUCAUCAUUAAGACCAUGAAGACCUACAUGGUGAAAUUCGCCACGGGGGAGUUCGGUCACAUGGUCCUGCUGGCCAUAUUCGACUGCGUGGACGACACCAAGCUGGUCCGCCAGGCGGUUCUGUCGGAGAUCCUGGCGGCGCUGCCUGAGGUCCUCGGGAACAAACACGGCAAGAAGGUCCUCCUGUACCUGCUGAGCCCCAGAGACCCCGCCCACAUGCUGCCGGAGAUCGCCAGGGAGCUGGAGCAGGGAGACGGGAACGCUCACAGUAAAAAGGACAUGGCGACCCGACGGAAGGAGCUGCUGGAGGCCGUCUCCCCCGCGCUGCUGGACUACCUCUGUGCCAACGCCGCCACCAUGGUGAAGGACAAGGCCACCAGCGUCACCAUCAGCGACAUUCUGGCGUCCGCCUGCGGGGACCUGCGGCCCGCCAUGACAGCCGUGGCCCAGCUGGCCAAUCAGGAGCUGGUGCCGGGAGGCGUGGAUGGAGAGCUCCACAUGGCAGAACACGCCGCGGGACACCUGGUGCUGAAGUGGCUGAUCGAGCAGGACGCCGUGUUGGCCGAGGCCGGCAGAGAGGAGCGCUUCAGCAGGAUUCUGGUGGACACGGUGGGAACGGAGACCAUGAAGAGCUGGGCGAAGGUCAACAGAGGAGCCAUGGUGCUCUGCAGCCUCCUGAACAGCUGUGAGCGAUCGGUGGCAGCCGAGGUGAAGCAGGCGCUCCGCUCCAUCUCCGCCGAGCUCCAAAGAACCAAGAACAACAAAGGAGCUGAAAUCCUGCUGGAAAACCUGAACAAAUAGACUUUUUUUUUUUUUACUCCAAAUGGACCUCAGCUGUUCAGACAUCGCUUCCUUUUGGACCAGGAGGACGUCAGACCGCCGCUGACCUUCUGCUUCACUGAUUUCAGCCGAUUAAAGGACGAAGCGUUUAGAAUCCGGAUCAUGUGUUCAUCUCUGGACCGGCUCAGAACCAGACUGGACUGGAUCGUCGUUUCUAAGGAAACCUUUUGUUAAACCUUAAUAACUGAGAAGGAAAAAUAAAGUUUAUUGUGAUAAUCUGUUUAUUGUUUGAACCCGGUUCUACAGGGAGAAGGUUCUGUUCGGCAUGAAUGUGGCGUUUAUCUGCUGCUCAGGAACCUGAACAACACAAAGCUGCAGAGCAGCUAUGGAGGCGGGUCCAGACCUGGUUCUGCCACCAGGUGUUCCUCACCUGCCGGUUCAGUCAAGCAGUUCUUCUGGUACCACAGAAAUCAGCGGUGAAACAUGGAGGAGGAAGUGUGAUGAUGUGGGUCUGCUUUACUGGAUCCAUGCAGCCUGGAGCAAGAUGGCCGCCUGUGGUCAGAGCGCCCCCUGCAGAACAAUCACUGAUUGCCCAUUGGUAGAACGGGGUUGAAGUGAAGCUACCGGCCGCCAUAUUGGUACUCCCUA